GGGGGACGGGCGGGAAGGACGGACGGACGUACGUGGGCGUUGGACCCUUCCACCUCCAACCUAUCCCUCCCCAACCUGUCCUACCCAACCUCUCCAAUCUCUCUCUCUCCCUCUCGGGCCGUUUGUGUUUCUUCCUUUAACUGCGGUUUCCUCCCCACCAGUGUUUAAUCCGUCCUCAGUUUACAAGUUCCCCAUGUUCAAUUCGUGAUAUACUCUUCAGGAAUCUUCACAGAACCAUGGCUUCCUCAACAACCACCCCGCAGCUUCCUCCCAACGUCCACGUCUCUCAGCACCCGUGCCUCCGCGCGAAGCUCUCUCAGCUGCGGUCCCAGUCCACCCCCGCCAAGUAUGUCAAGACUCUGGUGAACGAAAUCGCAUUGAUGGUGGCCUAUGAGGCACUUGCCGCUUCGACUAAGGCGACAGACGGUCCCAAGGACGCUACACCGCUAGGCUUCGAAUUCACCUCGACCGAAAUCACUCCCGGCAGUCUCUGCCUCGUCCCCAUCCUCCGCUCCGGCCUCGGCAUGGUAGAAGCCGUCCAAACCAUCCUCCCGAACCCCGUCCCCGUCCACCACCUCGGCCUCUACCGCGAACCCUCGACCCUCGAGCCCGUCGAGUACUACAACAACCUCCCCAACCAGCUCGUCGCCGACGGCUCCAACGCCAGCGUCAGCGACCUCGCCAUCGUCCUCGACCCCGUCAUCGCCACCGGCGGCACCUGCGCCGCCGCCAUCCAGACCCUGCGCGAGUGGGGCGUCAAGCGCAUCCUCGUCCUCGCCGUCAUCGGCGCAGCCGAGGGCGUCCGCCGCGCCGCCGCCGAGUGGGCCGACGCCACCGACAUCUGGAUCGCCGGCAUCGACGCCGAGCUGACCCCGAACGGCAUGCUGAAGCCCGGUCUCGGCGACGUCGGCGACCGCCUGUUUCUCACCAUCGGCAAAUGAGCGGCCCUUUUUCUUUUUUCCCCUUCUUUUUCUCUUCUUGUUUAUUUUCCUGUUUUGGGGAUACAUCCUGGUCACGGAAACUUCAACACUCGGUAGCAUUUAUAGACGGGUU